GGCGAGCGGCGGCUCCGGAGUUGGUGACGGACGUGCGGGCCACGUUUUAGGCUGAGAACCAGGGCUUUAAGUCCCGCCUGAGCGGGUGUCGGACGCGCCUUCCCCGCCCCUGGAGUGCACCCGCGGUGGCGGGAGGCAGCCUGCGAGCGUCGGGCGGCCCAGCGGGGGAGCGGGCGCCUCGGGGUCGCAGGGUCGCUGUUCGGAGCCGCGCGUUUGGAGCCACUUGAGAACGAGUGCUUGCCGAAUCAGCUCGGAUACAUCGGCUUUUUUGUUGCAGCAAAACUUGGAAGCAAUGGGAGAAAACAAAGAGUGCAGCAGUAUGGUUGAUAAUUGUGAAGAAGUGCCUACCAAGGAAGUGAUUGAGUUCAGACCGCCACUAUAUAAACAGAGAUACUUCUUUGUUAAAAAUUUAGUGCAACAACAUAAACCCAAGAAGGUUGCAGACUUGGGCUUUGGAGAUGCCACACUUAUAUGGAUGCUAAAAUACCAUCAUUGCAUUGAACAUCUUGUUGGAGUAGAUACUUACGCUGGCAGUACCUCUCAAUGGGAAAUAAGUAAUUUGAGCCCAUCAGUGGGGGAUUAUCUAGUUCCUCGGGACCUAGAUUUGACUAUAACCUUGUAUCGUGGCUCUGCUGUACAGAAGGACUCUCGUUUGGUUGGAUUUGACUUGAUGACAUGUAUUGAAUUGAUAGAACAUUUAGAUUCUGAAGAUCUGGCCAAGUUUCCUGAAGUUGUAUUUGGCUAUUAUUCCCCACGUAUCAUCAUCAUCAGCACACCAAACUCUGAAUUCAAUCCCCUGUUUCCAGCAUCAACCUUUAGACACUUAGAUCACAAAUUUGAGUGGAACAGAAUACAGUUUCAGACCUGGGCUUCGGAUGUGGCAAAUCUCUACGAUUACUCAGUAGAGUUUACUGGUGUGGGGUCUCCACCAGCAGGAGCUGAGCAUGUUGGGUACUGUACCCAGAUAGGGGUCUUCCAGAAAAACGAAGCAAAGGCAACUGAAUCAUGCAUUUCCACACCAGAGGAACAUGUUUAUGAAACCGUUUUUACAACAGCAUAUCCCAGUUUACAGGAGAAGAAAAACCUCCUGUUAGUCCUGAGUGCAGAGGUGUUAAGAGCCUCCAACUCUAUGAGACUGCGGUUUAUCGUGGAUCCGAAGAAGAAAAAGGUGAACGGUAGAUUGGUGCCAGAAGACAGUUGCGUCCCACGGUACGGAUUAAUCGUCACCGACGCUCAAAGGGCCCAAAUUGAGAGCUCCCCCAAGCCUUACUGUGUGGGAAAGAAAUUCUACGUGCCCCUGGAAAGACUCAUUACUUUUCCAAAGGUGAACCGCUUGGUUGAUAGUGUUGAGCGGCUGCGCAGCCUCCUUUCCGAGGCGCUGAAGCUGAACAGGGAUCAGAGUGCCCUCCAGGUGGACUUGCAUGAUCACUACUCGCGGACCAUGCUUUCCUACUGAAGCCGCGGACCUUAAUGAUAGGCCUAGUUCGAAAAUUGUACGUUUAGGCAACUUAGUUUUGAAUUUCCCUAUCCUUGUGUGUUUUCAUAUGCUUUUUGGGGGUGGUGUAGGGUUCACGUUCACACGUUUCUGUUGUACCUGUGUUAAAUGACUUAAAUUUGUAAACUAUGAAAUAAAACUUUUCCAUUGGAAA